AUGAGCCGUCUAGGUCACAAAUCUGUGGUUUAUCACGGAGAGUUGCGUUUAGGGGAACUCGAUGUGAAUCAAGUAUCUUCAGGUCAUGAAUUUCGAUUCCCGAACGAUGAAAUUCGAAUUCACCACAUUUCUCCGGCUGGUGAGAGAUGUCCUCCGCUCGCGAUUCUCCAGACUAUUGCUUCUUUUGCCGUUCGAUGCAAGCUUGAAUCAUCGGCUCCGGUCAAACCUCAGGAGUUGAUGCACCUACACGCAGUCUGUUUCCACGAAUUGAAGACUGCUGUGGUAUUGCUCGGAGAAGAGGAGAUUCACUUAGUGGCGAUGCCGAGCAAGGAGAAGAAGUUCCCUUGUUUCUGGUGUUUCUCAGUUCCUUUAGGUCUUUAUGAUUCAUGUUUAAGGAUGCUUAACACUAGGUGUUUGUCUAUUGUGUUUGAUCUGGAUGAGACACUGAUUGUUGCGAAUACUAUGAAGUCGUUUGAGGAUAGAAUCGAAGCUCUUAAAGCUUGGAUUUCACGAGAGAUUGAUCCUGCGAGGAUAAAUGGAAUGUCUGCAGAACUUAAAAGGUAUAUGGAUGAUAGGAUGCUGCUGAAGCAGUAUAUUGAUAAUGACUGUGCAUUUGAUAACGGAAUUUUGUUAAAGGCUCAACCUGAGGAGGUCCGCCCGACUUCUGAUGGCCUCGAGAAAGUUUAUAGACCCGUGAUUAGAUUGCCGGAGAAGAAUACUGUGCUUACUCGAAUUAAUCCAGAGAUCCGUGACACUAGUGUGCUUGUAAAACUGAGACCAGCGUGGGAGGAUUUAAGAAGCUAUUUGACAGCAAAAACUAGGAAACGUUUUGAGGUUUAUGUUUGUACCAUGGCUGAAAGGGACUAUGCUUUGGAAAUGUGGAGACUACUUGAUCCAGAAGCACACUUGAUAAGUCUCAAGGAGCUUCGAGAUCGUAUUGUAUGCGUUAAAUCAGACGCCAAGAAAUCGUUGUUAAACGUCUUCAAUGGUGGCAUUUGCCACCCAAACAUGGCAAUGGUCAUUGAUGACCGUAUGAAGGUUUGGGAGGACAAGGAUCAACCACGGGUUCAUGUUGUUCCUGCGUAUCUUCCAUAUUAUGCUCCACAGGCAGAGACAUCUGUUAUCGUUCCAAUUCUUUGCGUAGCAAGAAAUGUUGCAUGCAAUGUCAGAGGUUGCUUUUUCAAGGAAUUUGAUGAGAGUUUAAUGAGUAGUAUAUCUUUGGUUUACUAUGAAGAUGCCGUGGAAAAUUUACCUCCAUCACCGGAUGUGGGAAACUAUGUCAUUGUAGAGGAUCCUGGCGCCUCAAAUGGAAACAUAACUGCUCCUCCAAUUAUGGAAGGAAUGUGUGGUGGUGAAGUGGAACGCAGACUAAACCAAGCGGCUGCAGCUGAUUCUUCUACUCUUCCUGCAACAAGUAACGCUGAGCAGAAACCUGAAACCUCUAAGCCGCAGAUUGCAAUUAUACCAAAUAACGCUAGCACGACAACUGCAGCAGCAUUGUUACCUUCUCAUAAACCUAGUUUGCUUGGAGCUCCUAGGCGGGAUGGAUUCACUUUUUCUGAUGGUGGAAGACCCCUUAUGAUGAGGCCUGGUGUAGAUAUAAGGAACCAAAACUUUAAUAACCCGCCUCUUCUGGCUAGAAUUCCUAUGCAGCCACCUUCGUCUUCUAUGCAAUCUCAGGGUGGUUGGUUGGUAGAUGACGAGAAUAGACCUUCUUUUCCUGGUCGACCUUCAGGUGUUUAUUCAAAUCAAUCUCCUCAUGGUAUACCAGUUUCUGCUCCUGUCGGUUCAUUCUCACACCCAUCUCAGUUGAGGAGCGAAGAGGUGUGUAUGGAUGAUGACCUGAAAAGGCAAAACCCUUCUCGUCAAACAACAGAAGGUGGAAUAUCCCAGAAUCAUUUGGCAUCAAACGGUAGAGAACAUCAUACAGAUGUUGGAAAGAGUAAUGGUGGGCAACCUCAUUUAUUUGUGAGCGCGUUGCACGAGAUUGGAAGAAGAUGCGGUUCAAAGGUAGAGUUUAGGACUGUGAUGAGUACCAACAAAGAGUUGCAGUUUUCUGUUGAGGUUUUGUUCACGGGCGAGAAGAUAGGCAUUGGGAUGGCAAAAACUAAAAAAGAUGCUCAUCAGCAAGCAGCUGAGAAUGCUCUUCGAAGUUUGGCUGAAAAAUAUGUUGCACAUGUGUCUCCACCUGUAUCUGGAGAAGCAGAGAGAGAUAGCAGAAACGAAAACGGGUUUUUGUGGGAAAGCAGUGAAACUGUAUCAAACCAAGGAGUUGAAGAGGAAGCCACCACCUAA